AGGACCACGCCCCUGCAAGAAGGUAGCAAUUUGCUACGACCAUUGGGAAAUUAUCUGCCGCGGAAACAAUGGACACUGGUCAUAUAGUUGUGAAAACACGAAAGGAACUUGCAAGCAAUAUUGGCGACAAACUUGCAGAUCAUCGCUUAUUCCUUACUGCCAGAAAAUUCCUGUACGUUGCAUCUGUCGGUGUGUGCCAACUGGUAAUCGAAGCUCGGAACUACGACGCGCCGUCGAAGUGCCGGCCCCUCACCCCUCCCAGGUUUCUACCGUGGAAUCCACUGACGCAAGGGUCCCGGACAAGGAAAUACGACGACACUGCAGAACAACAUAUUCAAGCGUCAACGCACCACGUGACCUGCUGCUACCCCAUCUAAUCAGCUAUAAACGCCUACUGCACACCGGUGAUCACACUCGGGCAGUGGUGGCGGCGGCGGAUACACAGGAGCAGCACCUGAGAAAUUUUGCUCACUUUUGCAGGUUAGUUUGCUGUUCUGCAAAAUUUUUUUUCCGCACUUGUACCCAUUCCUAUAUUUUGCUGCUGCUCUACUGCCCGAGCAAGUGUUCCUUGUGUAACGCGUUUACUGAGAAAGUGUUGCUGAGCUUGUGUAACGCGUUUACUGAGCAAGCAGGUGUUCCUUAUGUA